AUGGCCAUGAAAACAACCAGCUCAAAGAAAUACCUCCAGCUGCUCCUUUUCCAGGUUGUUCUUCUAGGGCCUGUCUUCUGUGGGAAGAUACUGGUUUGGCCAACAGAAGGCAGCCACUGGCUGAACAUGAAUGUAAUUAUACAGGAGCUCAUCCGCCGUGGGCACAGCUUUACCAUCCUGGUAUCCAACGCUACCCUCUACAUUGAACCCAAGCCUAAGGCCACGGAAAAGUUUGAGACCUAUAAUGUGUCCUUCACAAAAGAUGUUCCUGAGAGCCUGAUUAAUGGAAUAGUGGAUCUAUGGCUCAACAACAGGCCAACUGUCUUGACCUUCUGGCAGUUUUACAAGGAGCUGGGAAGGCUGUCCGUGGGCUGGCAGGAGAUGAACAAGAUCAUGUGCGAUGCAGUGCUGACCAACCGAGAGCUGAUGGCUCGUCUGCAGGGGUCUGGCUUUGACCUGCUGCUGUCAGACCCUGUGACCCCCUGUGGGGAACUCCUGGCUCUCAAGCUGGGCAUUCCUUUUGUCUACUCUCUACGUUUCUCCCCCGCCUUCACUCUGGAAAGGCACUGUGGCAAGAUCCCAACCCCACCAUCCUACACACCUGCAGCCCUGUCUGAGCUCACUGACCACAUGUCUUUUGGGGAGAGAGUAAAAAACUUUGUGUCUUACCACCUGCAAGACUACGUUUUCCAGAGCUACUGGGGACAUUGGGAUAUCUACUACAGCAAGGCUUUAGGAAAGCCCACAACCCUGUGUGAGACGAUGGGGAAAGCAGAGAUUUGGUUAAUCAGAACAUACUGGGAUUUCGAAUUUCCACGUCCUUUCCUGCCCAACUUUGAGUUUGUUGGAGGACUUCAUUGCCAGCCUGCAAAACCAUUACCAAAGGAAAUGGAAGAAUUUGUUCAGAGCUCAGGGGAACAUGGUGUCAUUGUAUUCACUCUUGGGUCGAUGGUCUACAACCUAAGUGAUGAAAAAAGUAAUGUGAUUGCCAAAGCUCUCAGCCAGCUUCCACAAAAGGUCCUCUGGCGGUACAAAGGGAAAAAACCAGAAACUCUGGGCUCCAACACCAGGAUUUAUGACUGGAUACCACAAAAUGACCUGCUUGGCCAUCCCUUGACUAAGGCCUUUAUUACACAUGGUGGGACCAAUGGGCUCUAUGAAGCCAUCUACCAUGGGAUACCAAUGGUUGGGAUUCCCAUGUUUGCUGACCAGCAUGACAACAUCGCUCACAUGGUAGCAAAAGGAGCUGCAGUUCAGGUGGAUUUCAGCACAAUGAAGACACAGGACCUCGUUGAUGCACUGAACACAGUCAUUUACAAUUCUACCUAUAAGGCAAAUGCUCUGAAGUUAUCCAAGAUACAGCAUGACCAGCCUGUUAAGCCUCUGGACAGAGCUGUCUUCUGGAUUGAAUUUGUCAUGCGUCACAAAGGAGCAAAGCACUUGAGACCAGCUGCUCACCAUCUCACCUGGUACCAGUACCACUCUCUGGAUGUUCUGGCAUUCUUGUUCACCUGUACAGCCACUAUUGUCUUCAUUAUUUUCAAGUGCUGCCUAUGCUGCUGCAGAAGAUGUGGCAGAAUUGCAAAGACGAAGAAAGAAUAG